UGUUACUUCAGAGCUCCUGCUCUUCCCGGAACCAUAGCCGAACCCUGCAAGGUGCUGCUGCUGGACGCCGUGUUCCGGUCCAUGAUAUGGACUGAUGUUCCAGCUUCACAUCCCAAUCCAGAUUCCAUCGUCUGAUGUUUUUAUGAAUUAUCCAUGAGUUAAAUCUGGCACCACAUGUGACGACAUGUAGCUGUUUCCGAGUCCAGACGCUCCAUCAGGUCCUGACAGUGGAGAGGAUUGGCUCAUUCACAGGGACGUGUCCAGCGGACGCUCCACCUGAACAGAUUAAAAACACUGAAGCGAAUGAAAAAUAGUUUUUUGGACUUGGAGUCGAGAGCCUUGGACAGCGCAGGUUUGGACCCGGAAACAGUAUCAGAAGGUCGACACAACACAUCUUAACAAGCAGAAAAUGUCAUAAUGCAAUUUUAAGCCCACAGCCAAAAUGUUGUUGGACAAAUUAAAUAAUUAGUAAUUAAAUUCUACAGAUAUCCAGGAUUUUUUUCAUCUCCCAGAAUUCUGUGAGUGAGUUAUACAGGCUGAGCUCUGGACCAUGAAUCAGCAUUGCAACAUGUACCAUUAUUAUCAUAUUUGUAAAAAGUCAUUUGUCUCAAUUAGUACGUGUUUCUGGAAAUAACAUCGUUAAGCCUAUUUGUUCUCUUGACGAUGAAUUUUCCACAGAAUGUGAUCAUUUUAAGCCUGUGGUACGAUGCUGUAACAUGCCCCUCGACAGCAUGGACUGUUAGUCUGAAACUGAGUGAGCUGGUAAUGUUAUCACAUCUCUGAUUCUCUUUGUCCUGCUCUGCUAUCGGUAUCCGUGUUAGUAUUGGCAGAUGUCCAGACUCAAGGAUCAGAAUCAGGCUGGAACUGAAAAAAGUGGGUCUGUGUAUCUCUAUUUUUAAUCAUCUAAUUAAUCAUUUGUCCUUCAUUUCACCACUAGAGGUCUCCAUCGCCAGUAUGCUGCACUGUUACCAUGGUUACUUCUAAUCACUCCCACCCUAAUCAGUUCUCAUUAUGUCACUGUGUGUGAGCUGUGUUUGGGGCUGAUUGGUGUUCUUCAGAUCUGAAAAGUGUCUCAGGUAGCCUGUGGACUGUUUCACUGAUUUGGAUCUGAAUGAUCAUUUUUGUCUUUUUAGAGUUAAUGUUGUGGAAUGUUUGUGAAACGAGUUAGGUCCUGUUGUCACUUGCAUUAUAGCCACUGUAAACACUCGCUCCCUCACCAGUCUCGCUUUAUUCUUCAAGUUAAUAAGACAUGCAGCUUGUUCCAUCAUGUUACUGAGAAACUGUAAAGAAGUAUAAACCCCUCUGUCCGGAAGAUGUCAGAAAACUUAAAGUUCCAGCUUCACCUCUUACUGUUACACUGUGUUGACACUGGAGACGCCUUCCAGAGAUGAUACAGAAACAUGUCCUUUAAGAAAACUUUAUUGAUGAUUUUGUUUGAGGAGCUCUGCUGUACGAGUCCCUGUGAAUGAGUCGUUGCUAUAGAAACGGUAAGGUAUUAGAACAGUGCAUUAAUAAAUCUGUGCUGUGUAUCUGUGUGACUUUGUUCUGUUGGAUGUCUGUGGAAUCUUCAAGACCUCGUGAUUCUCACUGCUCCCACCUUCAUGGGUACUGCAAAGUGAUGGUGAACUGAAACAGGGUGCACAUACUUCAGGAUUUUCAUUAGUUGUUACACCACAAUCCUUGGAGUGUUUCUGCUCCUCGAGUUAUAUCUGUGAGAUUUCAGGUGUGUGUAUUCUGCAGUUCAUCAGGGUGUGUGAGGAAAGGUGAUGUGACUUGCGUGCUCUGUGUGGAAUCUCUACAUUUCCUUCCUGUCUUUCUUUUCAAAACUCAGAUUUAACCUUUGCAAGUCUUUUCAUUAUUUUUAAACAUUAGCAUGAAAAUCCUGCUGAAUUAAAACCUGCCACUUCAAUGAAAGGGAUUUUUGACUGUCGGUGUUUCCUUGUUUUUUAGGCGAAGUUGGUUCAGGAUCUUGGCCUCAGUAAUCAGAUGUGUGUCCUGAACCACAUGGCGUUAUUUGCUGAGCUGCGAGCACCAUGCUCCAGUGACUCUGUUCGCGUCACAGAUGCAACCUUCUCAGGAGUUCAGGCUCGUGUGUUUGAGUCCACAGUUCCAGGGCCAUGGCGUCUCAGACGAGGAGUUGUUUAUUUCCACGGAGGAGGCUGGGCACUGGGCAGUGCACGAAUGCGAUCAUAUGACCUCCUGUGCAGGACAAUGGCUGAGGAGCUGGAUGCAGUCGUCAUAUCUGUGGAUUACAGACUCGCCCCUGAGGUUUAUUUCCCAGGUCAGUACGAGGAUGCGAUCCAGGCCUGCAGGAACAUCCUGACAGAUGAGGUUCUGACAAGGUUCUCCAUGGAUCCUCGCAGGUUGGCUGUGUCAGGUGACAGUGCCGGCGGGAACCUUGCUGCUGCCGUGGCUCAAGAGUUGGCAUCUGAUAGCAGUGUCUCAAUCCGGUUCAAGGUCCAGGCUCUGAUCUACCCCGUGCUCCAGGCUCUGGACUUCAACACUCCGUCAUACCAGCAGAACAGUGAUGUACCCAUCCUGUACCGCUCGCUCAUGGUCCGCUUCUGGCUGGAGUACCUGAACGGGGCGCAGAACCUCAUCCCUGCUCUGCUGGUGAAUAACCACACAGCACUGGACCAGAAUCAGGACACAGCUUCAGCCAGAGAGAAGCUCAACUGGACCCAGUUAUUAGCUCCUAAAUUCACCAAGCAUUACAAACCUGUAGUUCCUCGUCAUGGUUCCCCGCAGAUCCUGCAGCAGCUCCCAGGUCUCCUGGACACCCGAGCUGCUCCAUUAUUGGCUGAAACUGAGGUUCUGAAGCUGGUUCCUCCUGCCUACAUCAUGACCUGUGAACACGAUGUGCUGCGGGAUGAUGGGCUAAUGUACGCACGGCGCCUAGAGGAUGUUGGAGUACCCGUAACCAGUGACCAUUACGAACAGGGAUUCCACGGAAUCAUGAUGUUUGGAUUUUUUCCUGCCUGUUUCUCCGUAGGGUGGGAGAGUCAGAGGAAUUACAUCCACUGGCUGCAGCACAACCUCUAAUUAUUUUAGUCAGAGUGAAGGUCCAGUGAUCCAGAUACUUAUAUACCUCAUGUGAAAUCACUGUAUACAAUGCAUACAAAAUGCAAAAUUACUUUUAUUAAUCAGUUAGUGUAAGGUUAUAAAGUACUCUGGCAGGUCUGGUGUUACAAAAAAAACCUGUUAUGGAAAAUUAUUUUUAUAGUUCAUUAUACGAACUACAUUAUAGUAUAUUUUUUAAAUAAAUAUUUAUUCUGUAAAAGCAAAGGCUUUUACAACCAAAAUAAUUCCCAAAAAUUUAAGGAACUAUAUAAAACUGUAAUUUACUUAAUUUACCAUGCAAGUUUACAAUAAAAACCCUGAAACACAACCUUAAACACCUGCAAUGAUGUGAAAGGGAAACACAGUAACAUAACAAAAGUAGUAGCACAGUAUCAAAUGAAAACCAUAAGAAAUACUCACAGAAAGUGAACAGUGAGUCACUUGAUGCUGAAAUGUCAUCAAAUCAUGAAUCCUUUAUUAACUGAUGUUUAUACCAUCAGGACUAAAACAAUUUCACGUCUAACUCAAUUACUGAAUAAUAGUAAAUAUACAUAAUUAGUUGAAGAACUCGGUUUGCAUAAAUACCUUUCAGCUAAACUGAUGUAUUACAAAGUAACCACACAUUCCUUAAUGCUUCAUACUGAUCAAUAUAGACUUAUUUUUACUAUAGAAUGGAAUAAUUAUUAAUUAACACAGGUGUUCAGCUGCCUUCAGUGCCGCAAAGUGUGAGCGAUACGCUAAAAGAUAUAUCCCGAGAGAUAUAUACUUAAUAUAAUUAUGUAUGUAUAAUUCAGUUGCCAGAAUUACAGAAAUGUUCAUUAAAAGACUGAAAAACAU